AUGUGCUUCGAGAAUGCCAACGUGUCACAAGUGGCUCUGAACACGAGCUUGCACGGGCCCACGCGCAGCGACCACCCGCCGCCCACCAGGGCCCUGCCCGCGUUGGAUCUACUAGCUGCGAUGUGCUUCGAGAAUGCCAACGUGUCACAAGUGGCUCUGAACACGAGCUUGUACGGGCCCACGCGCAGCGACCACCCGCCGCCGGCCAGGGCUCUGCCCGCGUUGGAUCUACUAGCUGCGAUGUGCUUCGAGAAUGCCAACGUGUCACAAGUGGCUCUGAACACGAGCUUGUACGGGCCCACGCGCAGCGACCACCCGCCGCCGGCCAGGGCUCUGCCCGCGUUGGAUCUACUAGCCGCGAUGUGCUUCGAGAAUGCCAACGUGUCACAAGUGGCUCUGAACACGAGACACGGCGACAAGACAAUCCCAGAGUUGCUGACGGCGCUAGUGUCGCGCGACAAACCGCUGCCGGUGGCUAUGGGCGCGGCGCGCUGUCUCACCUUCAUACACCGGGCGGGCGCUCUGCCCGCAGACGAUAAUAGAGUGGUAUUCGGGGCCUUACCAUGUCUAGCACGACUCUGUACAAAAGAAAUACCGGAAGACAUCAGGGCAUCGGCCGCCGAAACUCUAGCAUACUUGGCUGAGGUUGACACUUCUCUCCAGCGACUAGCAGCGAUAUCCAACCACCUGAUGAGCUCGCUAGCGGACAUCGUGAACUGCGCAAGCGCCGCCGCAAAGCAGGGCGCCUUCAAGUGCUUCGCGUCGCUCGGCGCCAACGACGAGGAUAUCAGGAAGAGGAUCAUCGAGACGCACGGCCUCAUGGUGCACAUUGUCAAUGGGAUGAACAAUCCUGAACCGGCUGUGAGACUAGCCGCUGUGAGGUGCCUGCAUUCACUUUCAAGAUCAGUGCAACAGCUACGGACAACAUUUCAGGAUCAUGCCGUGUGGAGGCCGCUGAUGCAGCUGCUAAGUGACUCUCCCGGCACAGAACUGUUGACCGUGGGCUCGUCGACACUGUGCAACCUCUUGCUGGAGUUCUCGCCCGCCAAAGAGCCAAUGUUAGAUCAAGGUGCUGUAGAAAUGCUGUGUAAUUUAACGAAAAGGCCAGAAGCGGCUUUGAGGCUAAACGGAAUCUGGGCACUAAUGAAUAUGGCUUUUCAGGCGGAACAAAAAGUGAAACAGCGAAUCCUGUGCUGCUUGGGCACGGAACAAAUGUUCCGGUUACUAGGCGAUAGCGAUACGCGCGUCAUCAUGAAAACUUUAGGGCUGCUAAGAAACCUUCUCUCCACGCGGCAGCAUAUAGACGCCAUCAUGAGCGAGUACUGCUCGCAAGUCAUGCAGGCAGUGAUAGUAGUCCUGGAGGGUUCGUACCCGGCGGAGGUUAAAGAGCAGGCGCUUUGCAUCCUGGGCAACAUCGGCGACGGCGAGAAGGCCAAGGACCUCAUCAUGGCCAACGAGGACGUGCUGAGGAAGCUCGUCGAUUACUUGGCGCACCCCGAGAGCAAACUCCAAGAAGCAGCGUUAUUCGUGGCCGGCAACCUGGUGUGGCGCGGCGAGGCGGGCGCGGCGGCGCGGCAGGCGCGUCUGGCCGACCUCGGCGUGCUGCGCGCGCUCAAGCUGCUGCGAGCACGCCAGGACGCCGCGCACCUGCACGACAAGUGA